AAUAUUCGGUCACGCUGAUUGUAUUUCCCAGCAAGCCGGUGGUCGUAGUGUGCGCGCGCGUUCGUUACGCUUUAAUUUUUCCACAAAUAAAUUGUGAUUUGAGAAAAGUGCUGCUAUUCAAACAUGGUGAAUAUCUCUCUGACGUGGAAACAAUUAUGCUGUCCUAAACGUCAGUUUACCAACUCGACUAAAAUCAGCUCCUAUUCAACAUAACAAGAAACUUCUUUUCAACACUAAACUCCACUUAAACAACUACAACAAUAACAACAACAACAUCCAGUCGGCGGCGAACUACAAUAAGAACAACAACAAAAACAACACAAAUUGUUACACACUUGGUUAGCCAACGAGGGGUUAAGCUUUAGUUGGAGUUAACGUGCGUCCAAUCAGAAGUUUUUUCUUUAACCGAAUACGGUGCGAAAGUUACGAGAGGGAGAGACACAGAGAGAGCGAGAGAAGCUUUUUAUUAUAUUUAUUAUCAGUAUCAGUGUCCAGUGUUGCCACACUAAGUUUUGUGUUAGUUUUAAUUAAUUUAUUUGCAUACUUUUAGGCAGGCAGCUGAGACUUUGUUCUCAGCACAAAGAACGGAGAGGCUAAAGACCCUAAUCUUUUAAAAAUCGUCUGUCCGAGUGGGUGUGUGUCCUGCCACAACGCAAGUGUACUUCAAUUUUCAUAAUGAAAAUAACAACAAUGAAGUCUAAGCGCAAAUAUGGCUGUUUAGAGAAUAUUUGAAAAGAACUUUUCAAUUAUUAACAUUUAAGCUUAUUUUUCGUAUAUAUCAUUUAUUAUUGUAGUGUAUUGUAUUUUAUAAUUUAUCCCAAAAACACGUUUGUUUCUUGCACAAAACACAAACCCCCAGUAUUUAUUUCCCCUUAAAAAAAAAACAAAAACAAAUAACAAACCCAAGUUCAGUUCAGACGGUUUAACGUAGCAAAGUGUGAGAGAGUAGUUCGGGUGUUUUUGUCUUUUGCUUUUUCAAUAUAAGAGUACUUAGAGUUCUUAACUACAACUAACAAUAACAAGAAGAAGAGCUGCAAUUUACAUUAACAAUAAGCACCAAGAACAAACAUGGAGAGCUACUCGCCAGAUUUGCUUUGGAUGGUCGUUAUCGGCUUUCUCAUUGCAUUCGUUUUGGCCUUUGGCAUCGGCGCCAACGAUGUGGCCAACUCCUUCGGCACUAGCGUGGGAUCCGGCGUUCUUACCAUACGACAAGCCUGCGUUUUGGCCACCAUCUGUGAGAUUUCGGGAGCCGUUUUAAUAGGCUACAAGGUGUCGGACACGAUGCGCAAGGGAAUCCUUGAGGUGGGUCUCUACGAAGGCUCCGAGGAGGUGCUGAUGCUGGGCUGUGUUGCGGCUCUAGCAAGCAGCGCCGUUUGGCUGCUGGUGGCCACGUUCCUCAAGUUGCCCAUAUCGGGUACGCACAGUAUUGUUGGCUCCACCAUUGGAUUCUCGCUGGUUGCACGUGGCGUGCAGGGUCUCAAGUGGUCAACGCUGGGCACCAUCGUGGGCUCGUGGUUCAUAUCGCCGGUGAUGAGCGGCAUUGUGAGCAUUCUGCUCUUUCUGGCCAUACGCCGUUUCAUUCUGCGUGCCAAGGAACCGCUCAAGGCUGGCUUUCGAUCACUGCCUAUUUUCUAUGGCGUCACGUUCUUCAUCAAUGUGAUUAGUGUGGUUCUGGAUGGACCCAAAUUGCUCUAUAUGGACAACAUACCAACUUGGAUAGCAUUAACGGCCAGCGUGGGCUUGUCCCUGGUGGUGGCGCUGCUGACGCAGCUGGUCGUGGUGCCUUUGCAACGCCGUUCCAUUGCCAAACAGCUCAGGGCACAGAAUCCAGUCAAGUUCAAUUUCGAGGACUCUGUGGAAUCAUCGCCUUCUGGCAGCCCCAAGAAGCAACGCCGUCCACUUUCGCUGGUCAGCGAGGGAAAACCAUUGCCAGCCAUUGCCGAAAUCACCGAACUCGUUUCGCUCAGCGACAAUUCGCCAAAGACCUUUAAGUUGGCGCCAUUCGGACUUGCGGCCAAGAAUAAUAAUGCGCCUGCCGAAGACUAUAAAAUCAAUCCCGAGCUCAUACGCAAGGCUGAGGAUCUGCUGGGCAAGGCUAGCUUGGAUAACACCGAUCUGACCGUCACCAGUUUGAACUACAUCGAUGAGCAGCAGCAGCUGCAGCAACAGCAAAACGGUCGCAAGCUGCAGGAAUGUUUCAAGCGCAUCCAGUCACCCAAGGAGGAGCACAAGCAGACGCAGCUGCAGGUGGCAAGCGGAGCAGCAGCAACGCCAGCGGGAGCAACUGCAGCAGCUGGCAAUAAUAAUCUGCAGGUGGUGGAAAGUGGGGGCAGUUUGGAUCUCAUGAUCAGCUCCACAUUGUCGCCCAAUUCGAGCAAGGUGCCGCUGAUUGAGAGCAAGGAAGCGCUUCACGAGCAGGAGGAGGAGUUCAAACGGGAGGCUGGACAACGUGCCAGCAGUGGCGAGGAAACCCAAGAGGUCUCCAUGCUCUUCUCAUUCCUGCAGAUUCUUACUGCGACCUUUGGCAGCUUUGCGCACGGCGGCAAUGAUGUGAGCAACGCAAUUGGACCGCUUAUUGCGCUCUAUAUGAUCUAUCGCGAGGGUUCGGUUAUGCAGCGGGCGGAGAGUCCCAUUUAUAUUUUGAUCUACGGUGGCGUUGGCAUCUCCGUGGGUCUGUGGCUGUGGGGACGACGCGUCAUUGAGACCAUUGGCAACGAUCUAACCAAGAUCACCUCAUCAACUGGCUUUACUAUUGAAAUAGGCGCUGCCAUCACCGUACUGCUGGCCAGCAAAAUUGGUUUGCCCAUUUCGACGACACACUGUAAGGUCGGGUCAGUGGUCUUUGUGGGACACGUGAGUGCCGCGGGACGCAAGAAGCAACAGGAUCAUCAACAGCAGGGAGAACAACAGCAGCAGGCAGCUGAAGCAACUGGACAACCCAUGGAGGAUGGCAGUGUGGAUUGGCAUCUGUUCCGGAAUAUCGCCUAUGCCUGGAUAGUCACUGUGCCUGUGACCGCAUUGCUCAGCGCUGGAAUGAUGUAUGUGCUCUGUGCCGUGGCUGUGGAUGAUAUGGGUCAGGUCUAAAGGCUCCACUCCAUUCAAUUAUUAAAUGUAAAAGCGCCAUACUAAAGACAAACAACACAACGCUAAUUAAGAUGCAGCAAAACCUAAGCAAAAAAAAGAAAUUGAGAAAAAACAAAAAAAAUUUAAACUUAACAAAAUUACUCAAAUAACUAAGCAAAAAGUUAAAGAGCAGAUAAAGCAUUUUACUUAACGUCUAGAACGUCUGAUCAUAACUGAUAUUAUUGGUAUUACGGCAUAAA